GGUAUCGCGACUUCAGGGGAAGAAGGUCGCUGUUGAGCUGCCUAACGGAAGCAACAUGAGCCCUAAAAUUUUGGGGAAGCUUAGUGCCAAGGCCCCGCCUUUGCAGGAGACCUUCUGAAGGGAGGCUAGGGAUGCGUGCGCAGCUCCGUCACCAUUUCUGGACGCCUUGGUUCGGUGUAGGACAUCCGUCCUGGGAUCCUAUCUCCAGAUUUGGAGACCAAGAAAGGAAGACAAUUACAAAAUAUCUUUUAAGCAAGAGAUUCACUAGGUCAAUAAUGGAAAAAUUCAGAGGGGACAUUACACAGGAUCCCAUUUUUGGAGAAGAGUGUGAAAGUGAGGGCAAAUUAGGGAGGCAGGAGCAAAACCCUGCAGGGAAGAUUCAGAAGAAAUCCUUUUCCAAGAAGAAAGGUUUUAGGCAAUUGACAGUCACCAAAAAUAUAAUGCCCACUGAAGAAAGAGAUGAUAAAUGUAAUGAUAUUAGGAGAAACUUCACAUUGAAGUCAAAACUUAUUACUCAUCAGAGAGUUCAUAUAGGUGAGAAAUCUAGUAGUUUUGACACAUGUGGAACAACCUUCAAACAGCAUUCGGAAUUAGUUAAAUGUCGAAAAAUUUGUUCAGGGAAGAAAACUUACAAGUGUAAUGACUGUGAAAAAAUCUUUAGUGACCGCUCAAACUUUAUUCGUCAUCAGAGAAUUCACACUGGAGAGAAACCCUAUAAAUGUAAGGAAUGUGGGAAAGCCUUCAGCCAGAGCUCAUCUCUUAUUGAACAUCAAAGAACUCAUACUGGAGAGAAACCCUAUAAAUGUAAUGAAUGUGGAAAAUCAUUCACUGUGAGCUCAUCCCUUACUCAGCAUCAGAGAAUUCAUACUGGAGAGAAACCCUAUAAAUGUAAUGAAUGUGGGAAAGCUUUUAGUGAUUGUUCAUCCUUUACUCAACAUCAGAGAAUUCAUACUGGAGAAAAACCUUAUAAGUGUAAUGAAUGUGGGAAAGCCUUUAGUGAUUUCUCAUCCCUCACUCAACAUCAAAGAAUUCAUACUGGAGAGAAACCCUAUAAGUGUAAUGAUUGUGGUAAAGCUUUUAGCCGCAGUACACAUCUAACUCAACAUCAAAGAACUCAUACUGGAGAAAAACCUUACGAAUGCAAUGAAUGUGGGAAAGCCUUCACUGCACACUCAACCUUUACUCAACAUCAGAGAAUUCAUACUGGAGAGAAACCCUAUGAAUGUAGUGAAUGUGGGAAGGCUUUUCCUGAAAGCUCAUCACUUACAAAACAUCAGCGAGUUCAUACUGGAGAGAAACCCUAUGAAUGCAGUGAAUGUGGGAAAGCCUUUAGCCAGAGCACACACCUUAUUCAGCAUCAUAGGAUUCAUACUGGAGAGAAGCCUUAUAAGUGUAACGAAUGUGGAAAAGCCUUUGGUAAUAGCUCAGUCCUCCUCCGACACCAGCAACUUCAUACUAUAGAAUAAUACUGUUAAUAUAAAAAUUUGGGGAAAAAAGUUUUUCUUAAUUUGCCCUAUUUUUCCAUUGACAUACUUGCCACCAAUGGCAUUUACUUCUAACUUUUAUAGGAAGACCAGGCCUAUUGCUUGGAUUUCAGUCCCAUAAAAUUAAGCAUGUCAAAAGCCUCCUAGCUGGGAUAGGUAUAUCAAAAACAAGAUUUCCUUAUCAGUGUGUCAUCUAUGUAUAUAAUUUUGCCUGUCUUCUACUGCUUCUUUGGUUCCUGUACAUCUCCUGUUUCUUCUCUGCCUGCUCUCCCACCCAAACUUUUAAUUGUACACUUUGCCCCUGAUCUUUGUGUCUUUGUUCCCAUCUGCCUACCUAUAGGGGUUCUGAUGUUAUUUUAUUAGUACCUGUGCAUGCCUUAAUUUUUACUUGUUUACCUGGAUCCUACCCCCUUGAUCUCAGGUAUUCAUAUAUACUUAUCUGUCUGCUUUCUAAUGCUGUGCUUUACACUGACUUUCAAUUAGAAUAUCAGUUCUCCAAUAUUUUCACAAACCCCUUGUUUUUCCUAGUCUCGGCUUCUUAUUGCUUCCUCUCUAUGAUAUGUUAUUGUCGUCAAUACUGCAAUCACUAACAGAUUUAUUCCUUUAUUCAAGUAUUGUAUCUUUCCUUCUGACUGUUGUCUCAUCAUUCCUAUGGCCAAGUGAGAUCUAUUUCUGCUGUGCCAGUUAUGUUUGUUUAUGAAUUCUUUGUACUGAUUAUUUAUAGGCUUCUUAAGGGUCUCUAACAGUGCUGAGCAUAGAAUAGAAGAAAAUUCCCAAAUUGGGACUUUUUAAAAGGCAGUAAUAUAAAAGCAAUAAAAAAAAAAAUCAAGAGGUAGAUUUAGGCUUGGUUUCAAGAAAACUUACUAAUAAUUAGCACUGUACCAAAGUCUAAUUGGCUCCCUUAAAAAAUAUCUUUAAGCAAAGGCUUGAUGACCACUUGUUGGAUAUGUUGUAGAGGGGAUUCUUUUUCAGA